UUCAUUUCCCAGAAACUAGUUAAUUUAUUUAGUGUGCCCUACAGUCCAAGUUUCAUUUAUAGAUCAACUUGUAUAUUUUGGAUCCUAUCCAUCUCUUCCUUUGGCUCAAAAUGAAUGAUACCAGGACUGUCUUUGAAACAAGGCAGAAAUGUGAUAUUUUUUUUUUAAUGAAAGAGAAACAACCUCCUGAAGCCUCUCUUUCUGCCAGCUUUUUGAGGUCCCACCACAGAAACAUGAUAUUGGGAAUGGCAGAUUAGUGUCUGGUGAGUUCAACCUUUAUGAAUAAAUCAGACAUGUAAUAUUCUGAAGGGAUCUGAACACAGUUUUUGUCUCCUCAGAAGGCCUUUUAGUGGAGCAGCUUGUUAAUGAAGCUUUUCAAGAGUGUUUACUUUUUUUAACUGAUUAAUCAGUUUCUAGAGCUGGUUUAAAUGAGAAUUGCUGAACAAGGUUGCUGGUUAGCACCACUCUGGUGCCAGGUUCGUGCCUGGGAGCACAUCAGGGGGUUUGAAGCUGGCAGAGUUGGCUGAGAGGGUCAUGCUGUUGGUGUAAGAAUCUCCUGCUUGUCUUCUCUUGGUCCAUUGGGCUGCUGAUUGUGGAGAUGCAUUUCUUGAACUAAACCUAUGGGCAUCAUGCACAGCAAUCAGAGAGGAAUUGUCAAGUUCUGCUGAUAAACACAGGCUGUUUUCCAGACUCUGCAAAACUGUGUAUUUGUCAUAUAUGACCUCUAUGCUGGUGCUUUUUCCUAGUCCAUUUGCAGGGGAGUUCUGAGCUGCAACCAUAAAUAUUUGGCCAUCUUUUAAAAUCUGUGACUUGGGAGUGACUGCAGAAUGUCCCGUCAUGGUGCCCUGUCAGUCUCAAGCCACCUUUUUUAGGACUCUGUGAAAGGUUUUCCAAGAUGUGCUAUGAGAAUCCUCCCACUGAGCCUUUUUCACACAUUUCUCUUUCUUUUUAGGAUCCUCUAGAUAUUAUUGGAAUGUAACUUAGAGAAAAAUAUUCAUUUCUAACAACUCCGUUGUGGACUUUUAAUCAGACUUGGAUUUCUGGAAAUACUACAACAUGACUUCAACUGGGAAUGAGAUAGAAAGAUGGACUCACAGGCAAGGUGGCAGAACUGGGAAGCUGGUAGAGCCUGUGACGUCUCCUGAAAAUGAUCAUCUUUUGUCAGUGAAGUCAAUCAGCAGCAUGGACCAUCUCUUGCACCUCCCUGGAAAGGCAGACUCUGCUUACAGCUCUUUCUCAGGAGGAUCAAAUAUUCCAGGGUACCUCACACCAUCAUGCCAUGGUGAAAACUGUGUGCUGCCAGAGCAGGUCCCAUACACAGACUUGGAACAUGUAACAGGAAUGUAUCAUCUCAGUGCUGCACACUCUGACCUCAGAUCCGCCCAGUCAUACAAGGCACCAGACCUGAGCACCCCCAGCUCUCAUAGCACCAGUCUCACAGAUCGCUGUGGAAUUGCUCCUACCCAAAGGACUUCAAAUCAGGAAUCUCCAGCCCUGGCAGCACCUCCACUGUCCCCUCCCACACGACUCAACAGUUGUCACUAUAACAUCACUUAUAGAGACUUGGAAAAGUCAAGAGAGAGACGAGGCUCUGCAGGGCACACUGAGUGUAGUGUGCAGACAGCUCCUGGUGUGCAGGACAGCCAGCUAGCAGACAGGGAUGUACCAUGGAGUCAACACUGGGAUGCAGAUACAGAGCCAGGUAUAGGGCCUAAUAGAGAAAAGACUCUGGAAAACAAGGGCCUUUCUUCUCAUUUUACAAAUAAGGUGUCAAAAGUUCAGGCAUUAAAGACAGAGGAAAAUGGAGAGUGGAGUCCAUCACAACAACCUACAAAGAGAAGCAAUCCACACAUUUUCAGCAGACCUACUUCAUUCAUUUUUCAAGAAUAUUUAAAGACCGACUCUGUGGCAAAUGUCCCCAAAAUACUUUCAGCUUAUAAUUCAGGUCAUGCUAAUAAAAUUUCCAAAGAGACAAACUCCAAAUCCUAUCACCAAGCACAUGCCAACCCCAACGCUGUUAAUGAUACACAGGAAGUCAAACAGUGUCCCAGGAGUGUGUGCAAGCCAAGUGCCAGAGAGGAAGCUCUGCCAAGCACUGUGCCAGGACCCAGCCAGAGGAAAGAGUCCUUGCCCUGUGCUCAGGGCCCACUCCAUGCUGAAUGGCAUUCACACAUGAAUCAGGAUAUGUUUGGGGACAGUUUGGAAUUAAAAUAUAUGGAGAAUGCUCUUCUAAAUAAAAAUGCUCCCAGAAAGCUGAACAGUUAUGCAGGCAAAAAUCAGUGCUAUGAUUCUGAAGGAAAAAUUAUGAGCACUAUUAGAGAACCAGUCCCAAACCAGCAAAACAAAGUGCAGAGAUCACCAGUGCCCUGCAGCUAUAAUGUUAUGGAAGUGGAGCACUCUCAGUGUGAGGAGUUGGAUGAGGGAAGGAAGCAGUGCUGUGAUGGCACAAGCCAAAUGGCUUUUUUCAGACCAAUGGAAGAUUCCACAUCUCAGUCAUUACGUGAAGUCCAGAAAGAAAACCAGGGUAACAACAGCUGUCCUGACCUCAGCAUGUGUCUGGAACAAGAGAAACCUCUUGUUCAGAAACACCAGCCUGUAUUUCAAACACAGCUCUUAAGACAGCUUCGGGAGGACCAUGCUGGUGAACAAAUAACCAGGCAGGCAACUCCCAUGCUUUACUAUCUUUCUGCAGGGAAAACCACCAGUGUACGACACCCCAACAAGGACUCAAGGAGCUCAGCAAAGGAAAUUCCAUCAAGGAGCUAUGGUGCCUCAGCACAGUGUCUGGAAAUACAAAGAGAAGACCAUCAGCUUCAGAGAAGCAGCCACCAACAUCAGCACAGUGCUGAUGAUCUCCUGCUCCAGAAAAAAGAUCUCAUUUUUAGGAGUCCUGCACCAUUCACAGAAGAGAGUUUUCAGAAUGACUAUAUAGAGAAACUUAAAGUGGCUCAGAAAAAGGUUCUCAAAGAAACCUCCUUUAAAAGAAAAGACUUACAGAUGAGUUUGCCUGUCAGACUGAGACAGAAAUCCUCUAAACGGCCAUCAGUUGAACGCCUUUGGUCUUUCUCAUUAUCCAGUGCAAGCAAGGAUGCCAAACCUGCUCCUUGCUCCCCUUCUCGUCUAGAAUCCUUGGAAAGUUUCAGUAGAAAUGAAGAAAUACAAAGGCCACAAAAAGAUCAAGCAGGGGGAAGGAAAAGGGUCACCCAAGAGCAAAAUAAACUGUGCUACUCUGAGCCUGAGAAGCUCCAUCACCUAAUGGAUAAGGAAGUAUCAUGGAGUCAAGUUAGGGCUGAAAUCACUGAGCAAGAUACAAUGGCAUCCAGGAGAAGGGGUCUGGCAUUUUCCAGUUCAAGUGUCUCCAGGACAGAGCUGAAACAAAUCCAGCACAGUGCACUGAUUGAAUACAUGGAACGAAAGACCACUCAAAGACCAGGUGGUUCACAACACCUCCCACUGCAUAAGCCACCCCUGCAGAAGAGGCUGUCAGAUCCCAAAGGGCCUUAUGGCCAGAUUUCCAACCCAAAUGGAAGCAGGAAGAUGCAAAAGGUUUUCUGCCAACUUCUCUCUGAACAAAAAUCACCAGAUAUUUCUCCUCUUUCGCCUUUUGCCCCUCCACUGAAAGCGACCAGCAGGUGCAAUCCCAAUGAAGAGGACGAGAGCUGUACCAGCAAGUGUCCAUCAACUGAAAGUGUCCUUCAGGCAGGUGGUUCUGCAUCUGGGAGAGCUCCUGAGAGACCAAAAUCCACUCCUUCUUCUACACAGGUAAGAAACCAGUACCUAAAGGGAGACACGUGCAAACGUGCCGGAGGUGCAGCAGCACCGCGCCGGCGCUGUGGGAGCUGCCCCGGCACCUCCAGCUUCUAUGAUCCUGAUAAAGAUAGAUCCAAGAGUCAUGAAUGUAAUGACAUAACUGGACACGUGUGUGGCCAGGAUAAAAAGGAGCAGACUUCUGAAACUUCUAUUCCUGUCCCAACAAGUGGAAGCAAGGAGAGCACUCAAGUGGAAGAGGAAUGCAGAACUCUGAGUGGGAAUGCUUCACUCAAACAUCCAGAGCAGCAGCAGCCUGCACCUUCUCCAAAGCAGGGAAUGCAUCUCCACACAGCAUCGGCUCAGCCUCAACAAGGAGACAAAAAUCCAGCCAAAGGUUUACUUACCCAGGAGACAUCCAUGCACAGCAACCGUGCUGAUGUUCCCCUGGAGAGAGAGACACACCUGCCCAAAAGUAGGCUGCAGUCUUCUCAGGACCAGCAACACCAAGAUCUUGUUAUGGAGAUCAUUGCCAAAGAUAGUUCUCUGGUGAACAUUCUCAUGCCUCAUCCCCUUAGAAAAACUGCUUUGGACUUGAUGGAGGGUUUAUUUCCUCUUAACAUUUCCAUGCUGGAUAAAUCACGCAGGAAAAGGGGAAAGGUACAGAAUGUGCAGGAGAAUGACAGGAAAAGUCAUGGAGAUGGGCCAGAAGAAUGUCCGAAGUCUGAACAAGAAACCAAGCAAAGAAGCAAGGAUCCUGCCUCUAUGGGAAGCCAAGUCCUGAGGAGGAACAGAGACAGCACAAAUGAGCUAGAUGACAUCACAUCUAAGAAACUGGAACUCAUGGCCAGUCUCCAGUCCAGGCUGCAGGCACUGUGGGAGGAACAGGACCUGGUUCUCUUGGAAGUCAGGGAAUGUGCCAAGUGGGGUGAGGAGCUAGAGGUCAUGGUACGGGACCUCUGCAAGCCCAGUGAAUUUGACCGCUACAUGAUGUUCAUUGGAGACCUGGAGAAGGUGGUGAGCCUCUUGCUCUGCUUGUCCAGCCGCCUCGCACGAGUCCAGAAUGCCAUGAGCAGGAUGGAUGGCAAUACAGAGGCUGAGGAGAAGCAAUCGCUGAAUGAACGGUACAAGCUCUUGUGUCAACAGCGGGAAGAUGCAAAAGACCUGAAGGAGAAUCUGGACCGGAGAGAACGUGUGGUCUCUGGAAUCCUUGCCAAAUACAUGACAGAGCAGCAGCUCCAGGACUAUCAACACUUUGUUCAAGUCAAGACCUCCUUGCUGAUUGAACAGAAGGAUCUCGAAGAGCAGAUUAAAUUUUUCAAAGAACAAUUAGAAAAUCUUGACCAAAGCAUCUCCAUCUAACACCCACCACCAGGCCAGACAUUUUUAUAUGCUAUAUGUGAUGUUUCCCUGGAAAUCUACAGGUAGUCUCAUCACAGGGCUGUUUCGUGGAUUCUUCCAAUCUUGUUUGUGCCACAGCAUUGACAAGGGUUUAGAUGCUCUGGGAUGCUCUAGGCACACUCUGGACAUGCCCUCCACUUGGACAGGGCGCACUGACAGCAUCUCACAGUGUGUAGCAAACUGCCUUGUGGACUUGAUUGAUAGGAUUCAUUGUUCCUAUUAACUGAAAGUGUAUUUCCCCUUCUUCUUGUCUGUCCAUCUGUUUCCAGAUUUACAUCAUCUCAAUAAAAAAACGUACAAAUAUUUGCCUCUUGUGGGUGGGUUGAGCGUUUGAAAUGAAAAAUUAUGUGGGUGUUCAGAUUUGAAAUGGUGAUUGCACAAAACCAUAGCAAAUGUUAUAGACCAUUUCAGUGAAACUCCUGCAUUUGUUUCUACUCUUUAUAUGUGUGACACGGUAAAAAUACAUUGUAAUGAAAGAAAAUAAUUACUUCCUUUCUUGAGAGUUGCCACCCAUGAGUCUUUCCUGGCUCUGUGUAAAUCCUGGCAGGCUGUUCAGAGGAGAUCAGAAAAAGGCUACUCUUCAUUGACAUCAAAGGGCCAAUCAGUGAUGUAGCCAGUAUAAAUGAACAGUUUGGGGAAUCAUAAAUUCUGAGCUCACUCCUGCACAGUCAUUUGCAAAGUCUUUCCUGUGUUUUUGAAGAAUUUAUUUUUCAAGCAGCACCUUCAGGGGGUUGUUUUUAGGUAGUUUUUAAUUGUCAGCAUGCACAAAAAGCCUGGUCAUGGGAGGAAAAGCUCUGCUGCAGACUGGACCAGGAGGAACCUGGAAGAGAUUACUCUGUUUCAAUGAGACUUUAUAUAAAUCCUUUGGCAAGAAUCUCUUAAGCCAGUGUUUGCAUUAAGUGUAAACCAGUGAUGUUGCUGUAUUUAAAAUUUCAGUGUGCUUUGUUUGCAAGAAUUCAGUGAGAACAAUAUGCGGCCUAAACUACGUACCUAGGCCAUGAAUAAGGCAGCCACUAAUUAAACUCAGGUUUCUUCCACAGCCAAAAAAGGUGUUCAUUGUGCCAUGAUCCUGGGCUUUACCAAGAAAUGUUUUACUAGUGGUGUGUGUCUUGGCUACAGUAAGUACCACCACCACUGAGAGAAGCUGUCCUGCUUCUGAAGAAUCUUCUUUGGAAUUGCAUGUCACUAGCACAAGAACUCUGGGAGCACAGUGACCAAGCUGCCUAGUGUACUCUGGUUGUCUUAAUAUGGGAAAAUGGUCAGACACUGUAGAUCCUGCACAGUGGUUCUCAGAAGACCAUAAAUACCGGCUUUUAAUACAUAAAUCUGAAAGCUGCCUUUUGAAAAUGGUCUUUAAAAUAACUGAAGCAAUGUUAAUGGAGUCAGCAGAGAAUUUAUAAAACACAAGCAAAGUUAAAUGAGCUGUUUGUAUGAUUUGAGAAGCGUGACUUGAAGGUGCGCUUUAUUCUUAUUAUUCCUAGUUGAGGGAAAAACACCUAAUUGGAAAUAGGUGUUUUGUAAUUGAAGCUAAUGCUUGCUUUUAAAGAGAAAAUUGGGUCUGCCUUGUUUAGCUUAUCGUUUCAGGGUGUUGUGCUAUGGGGAGAUUGUUACCCCUUCCACAACUGGCACUUGCAUGUAUACUUCAAAGAGCAAUAAUUAAAAAUAACUUUUACUCUGUUAAAAAAAAAUAGAACUCCUCGGUACAGUGUUAGACUGUAAAUUCCAGGCAAAGUGAAAAAUGGACACAGUGAUGGCAUCAGAACCUCUCUGCAGGCAAGAAGAGACACACCCUUUCAAAGCACCAGCAGGCCUGGAUUGUUAGGUGGGUCUCAGCUUUGAUACCGAUUAUUUGUUAAAAAUUAUUAGGCAGUAAUGGUGAAAGUUCAUGCUGGACUUCAGCCAUGUGCAGCAUUCUUGGCACACCAACAUACUUCACCAACAUAGUAAAGUGUCCCUUUCUCUUCUGGUUAGCUCUGGCCUCUGAAAGUACAGACUGAAGCCAAGAAAUAGUUUAAGCACAUGCUCUUGAAUCCUAUUGCUUUUUGCCGAAAGUUUGAUAUUUAGAGCACUAGUUACAUCCUCAUACCAACACGUGGCAGCUUUUUCCCAACUUCAAGUCAUUCAGUGUAGAAGGCAAGGUGGCCAGAAAUUCCAAGCAUCUUCAUUUUACAACACUGUGGUCCCACACUGCUC